UCGAGUUGAGUUUUGUCAAGCUUGAGCCGAUCUUUUACAAAAUUUAAAGUUUAAGUCUGGUCUGUAGUUUAUCAUAUGUUUAUUUUUAGUUUGAGUCUAGUCUAUUUGAAGUUUUGAAAUCUUUAUAGACUAUUAACAUAAAUUUUGCAAUAUUAUUUAUGAGAGAACUUAUAAAAACAACUUAUGAAGUAGUUCAUAAGGUUUUUUCAACUUAUUUUCAAAAGUUCAAGAUAACAAAGCUUUACUUUUGUAUUUUAAUUACAAUAUGGUAAUAAUGAAAUUGUUCAUGUUUAUUUGACUAAGUCAGCAAGAUCGACCUAGAAGAUUUUUCUUAUGGUCUUUGUGCUAGUCUUUUUAAUUAAAUAGACUUAUAAAAAAGUCUAAUUUGGAUAUGCGUAGGUUUGGCAGUAGAUUUCUGUUAGUUGACAUGACUUAUUUACCUAUUUCAUCUCUAAUGUUGGGGUUAGUUAUUAUUUUAGUUGAAUUUUUUUUAUAAAUUUAAUCAAUGUUUUUAUUUCUUUCAAUUAAAAGGUAAUUAGAAAUAAUUAAUUUGUAACUGUAGUUGCACGGGAAUUAGAUUGUGGGAGCAAUCAUUAGAAUAUGUGACACUUUAUUUGUUUGCAUUUUAAGACUAAGUUGGAAGGAACCGGUUAUGAGAAAUGCAAGACUAAGCUGGAAGGAACUGGUUAUGAAACUGAACAUACGAUGCAUAUAAGUGAUGAGACAGUUUUGAAGUUUUGUAUUCGCUCGGUUUUCUUGGAUAACUAAGCUUGAAGGAAACAUACUACAAAGGGGAUCGCCAUUUAUGAUGUUUAGUAAACCCAUUUUAGGAUUUUGAAACAUUAAUGUCAUGCAACAUUUUGCGUCAUAGUAAAAGUGGUGUUAUGUUAAGGUGGAAAAGUAAUGCAUAAAAUAAUGAUCAAUCCAGAAAGCAUUUUAAAACUUAAGCGUGAAAGACAUCAUUCUAUGUAAGUGGUCAUCACGAUUCUAGAUUUGCUUCAUUUGGUUGACCAAACCAAAGCCACUACGAUGAUAAUUAAAUCGUUAGAUGAUGCCAACCACUACAGUUAUAAGCCAAAUACUAACCCCACAAUUAGUAUAGAUAUAGGUGACAAGCAACUGAAAACGAGCUCUCCACUACAGUUAUAAUCAUACUUUUUUCAAGCACACGCAUGGGCACACACGUGUAUAUAUAUGUUUGUGUUUUGGCUACCUUGAUUACAUUUAUAUUAAUGGAUAUGGAACAUCAACAACAAAAGACCAACGAAGGCAAACACAGAGAGAAACUCAUGAUGAAGAAUAGGUCCAAGUUUAUUGGAGUAAGACAAAGGGCUUCAGGGAAAUGGGCAGCAGAGAUAAAAGACACACAGAAGAACAUUAGGAUGUGGCUUGGUACUUAUAAAACCGCUGAAGAAGCUGCUCGUGCUUAUGAUGAAGCUGCAUGUCUCCUUAGAGGUUCAAACACUCGUACAAACUUCUCUACCAGUCAUCCCAUUCCUACCAAUUCUCCUAUAUCUCUUAAACUCAAAAAGCUUCUUCAUCGUAAAUCCAUCUCAAAUCAAACUCAAACUCAAACUCAGUGUCAAAAUCAGUCUACAAUGAUGUGUUCUUCUUUACAAGGUGCUCCUAUUGAUAAUAGCAUCAUGGUACAUGAAAAGGAAAACAACUCUUCAUGGAGUAGUGAAGAGUCAAAGUCUUUGUUUUGGGUUCAGAACCAAGAUCCUAAUGGGGUAGAUAUGAAUAUGAUAAACUGCGAAUUGGGUAUUUCACCAAAUACAUUAGAGUUUGAUUAUUCUUGGUCUUUUCCCCAACAAAGGAUUAAGGAGUUAACAACAUCAAAAGAUGAUAUGAAUGUCUAUGGUUUGAAUGAUUGCUAUGUGGAAGACACGUACGAAGCUUAUGAAUAUGAUGCCAAUUAUUCUCUUUCGCACUUUUUUUGUUUUACUUGAGAGUUCUGAGUAAUCAUGCUUUGUAAUAUUGAUAACAUACUUGGUUCUUCUGAUAUACUAUUUAAUUGAUUUAUUUUCACAGCACACUUUUUCAAAAUCUAUCUUAUUUUAUGAUCAAUCAUGUGCAAAAUCCAUUUUUUUUUUUAAAUGACUGACAUUAAACAAAAGUAAAUAGAUAAAUAAGCGAAGGAUUUCAAAACACAGUCAUAUGACUCAAAAUUCGGUUUAGUACUUGGUAGAAAUUUGGAUACGCAGUACAUAACUUUUGAAGUAUUGGCUUCGUUGAGUAUACAUAGUCGGAAUUAAUUUGUAUACUACCAAUAUAUUUUCAAAAGUGGAAGGCGCUACACAGAAAA